GCGUUCAGUCGAGGGAGCCACGAUCGAUAUAAGGCCUCUUCAAUAUAUGCUUGGAGGUCACCACUAGGUCAUAAUUACUUCAGUCUACUCCGAACCUUUCCAGCGGAUCGACGUACAUCUUGAGAUACCUAAUCAAACACUAUAGUGUAUACACAAUGCCUAUUAAAAGCAUCAAGGCACGUCAGAUCUAUGACUCUCGUGGUAAUCCCACUGUGGAGGUUGAUCUUAUAACUGAGAACGGACUCUUCCGUGCUGCUGUACCCUCUGGUGCUUCCACUGGUGUUCAUGAGGCUUUGGAACUUCGUGAUAAUGACAAGUCCAAAUAUCAUGGAAAGUCUGUAUUUACGGCUGUAGGCAAUAUCAAUUCCAUCAUUGCUCCUGAGCUACUUAAAGCUAACUUGGAAGUUACACAGCAGGUUGACAUUGACAACUUUCUGUUGAAACUUGAUGGAACACCUAACAAGUCUAAGCUUGGCGCUAAUGCCAUUUUGGGUGUCUCUUUGGCAGUGUGCAAGGCUGGUGCUGCCAAGAAGGGAGUUCCUCUUUACAAGUACAUUGCAGAACUUGCUGGCAACACUGACAUCGUCCUUCCAGUUCCUGCUUUUAAUGUAAUUAAUGGUGGAUCCCAUGCUGGAAACAAGCUUGCCAUGCAAGAAUUCAUGAUUUUACCUACUGGUGCCCCAAAUUUCACUGAAGCUAUGAGAAUGGGUAGCGAAGUCUACCACUACUUGAAGGCUGGUAUCAAGAAGAAGUUUGGUCUUGAUGCUACUGCUGUAGGAGAUGAGGGUGGUUUCGCUCCAAACAUUCUUGAGAACAAAGAAGCCUUGAACCUUAUUAUUGAGGCUAUCAAGACUGCCGGAUAUGAGGGCAAGAUUAAAAUCGGCAUGGACGUUGCUGCAUCUGAAUUCCACAAGAAUGGAAAGUACGAUCUCGAUUUCAAAAAUGAGAAAUCCGAUCCCGCUACUUAUUUAGAGCCUGAUGCGCUGAAAAACCUCUACCUUGAAUUCGUCAAGGAAUUCCCUAUUGUCUCCAUUGAGGAUCCGUUCGACCAGGAUGGUUGGGACUCCUGGACUGCCUUGACAGCAGCAACCCCAAUCCAAAUCGUUGGUGACGAUUUAACUGUAACCAAUCCCGAAAGGAUCAAGACAGCUAUUGAGAAGAAGGCUUGCAACUGUCUUCUCUUGAAGGUCAACCAAAUCGGUAGCGUAACCGAAUCUAUUAACGCUCACAAACUGGCGAAAAGCAACGGCUGGGGCACCAUGGUGUCCCAUCGUUCCGGCGAGACAGAAGACACUUUUAUCGCUGACCUGGUCGUUGGUCUGUCAACCGGACAAAUUAAGACUGGUGCACCCUGUCGUUCCGAGAGAUUGGCCAAGUACAAUCAGAUUCUCCGUAUCGAGGAGGAGCUAGGUGCAGCAGCCAAGUUCGCUGGCGAGAAGUUCCGUAACCCACUCGCUUAAGAUGACCUUAAGUCGAAUUAUUCAAAGAAGAAAUCUUACAUUAUCUUUCAAUGUAUAUCCUAGACUUUUCAUUUCCAUGAAAACGUUGAGAGAAAUCUAUCACUUAUGUAAAAUCACGAGUGCAGUGCGGUGUUCAUGUGAAAUGGGAAAAUUGGUAGGACCCCAUAAGGUUCCACGACAGGUGAUCUUUAAAUUAUUCGAAAAACGAGGGGCAAUCGUACGCACAUUCUGACGAUUAGAUUAUUUUUAAAAAUUUGAAACGGAUCGAUUGGUUAAUUACACUAUCAUUCAAGUGGUUUCCUUGAAAAAGAGUAUUGAGUCUGAUAACGUUGAUACAACGUUAUCGUAAUUUAUUCUCUAUAGAAAGUUAUAACAAGGCUAUGUAAAAUAGGCUAUUAUAUCAGAUGAACAUUAAAUCGUCCGUGUUCAAUUUA